AUGGGCAAGCGCAAGUCAUCUCGGAAGCCUAUGGGCCCAAAGAAGGCAUACCUCUCGGCCGCUGUGGAUGUGUAUGGAGAAUGGGUAGACGCCGCAGAGGCUGUCGCAAAAGAAGACGGCGCACAUGCCAGCUACACGGGCACGGCGCAAGCGCCGCCUGCGAGGCGAAAUCAAGACCACGAUGAAGCAACGAGCGACCGUGACGAGUCUCACCGAUACGGCGGCGACGGUAUCGUGGCGGACGACGAGGACGACUGA